AUGUCGUGUCGCAUCGCUGCCGUUUCCUCAACGGGCGAAGCAGUGGAAGAACGGUACCAGCGGAAGGACCAGUACCAGGACGUGAGCCGCACGCUCUGCCAGCCCCAGACCAAGAUGGAGCUGGAGACGCAGCACUUCUACGUGGACGUGUCCACCCUGUCCCUGAGGAACACCUCCUACAAGCUGCGAGUCACCCGCGUGGAGAACUUUGUGCUGCGAACGGACGAACGGUUCAGCUUCAACGCAACGGCAGCCCAGCCGCAGUACUUCAAGUACGAGUUCUCCGAGGGAGUGGACUCGGUGAUUGUGAAAGUGACCUCAGCCAUGGCUUUUCCCUGCUCUGUCAUCUCCAUCCAGGACAUCCUGUGCCCCGUCUACGACUUGGACAACAACGUGGCCUUCAUCGGGAUGUACCAGACCAUGACGAAGAAGGCAGCCAUCACAGUGCAGAAGAAGGAUUUCCCCAGCAACAGCUUCUACGUGGUGGUGGUGGUGAAGACCGAGGACGAGGCGUGCGGAGGAGCCCUGCCCUACUACCCCUUCUCCAAAGAUGAACCAAUAGAUCAAGGCAACCGGCAGAAGACACUGGAGGUGGUGGUAUCACCUGCCAUAACCUGUAAGCCGGGGUGGGAGAUUCCCGCGGGUGCUGUGCCCUCCCUGCCGUGCUCGCAGCAAUGCUUGCCUGGCGGCACUGUCCCUGUGCCCCCCUCACGAAACGGGGCAAUGCUGGAGCCUGCGCCACCCAGACACCCCUGGCUCCCCGCACCGCAACCACUCUGCAGCUCCGUGCUCACAAGUGCUUCCUUUGGCAGCCAGCAGCAGAGGAAGAAGGGGCUCCUGGCGGCCAUGGACUCGCCCACGCUGGACACAGCGUCUUUAUUGGGGCACAGCCGGAGCAUCCCCGACUCCUUCCUGGGGCAUGCCCCCUACGACAGCUAUGGUUACGGCUCCUUCGAGAACGGCUCCAGCGCCAGCACUGAGGGCAUCACGGACAGCAUGGGCUCCACAGAAGUCUCCUACGGAUACGCGGGGCAGGACCAGUUCAAGCGACGCGUUCCCACCGCCCAGAUGAGGCAGCUGUGCAUUGCUAUGGGGGACCGGUCACUGGAGAACGUGGCCAGCCGGCCCCGCCUGGACUCACUCAGCUCUGUGGAGGAGGACGACUACGACACGCUGGCCGACAUCAACUACGACAAGAACGUCAUCCGCACCAAGCAAUACCUCUAUGUGGCCGACCUGGCACGGAAGGACAAGCGGGUCCUGCGGAAGAAAUACCAGAUCUACUUCUGGUGAGGAGGGGAUGACACCAUUGCUGUCUUCUAUGCACUCCCUGUCAUCCAGCUUGUCAUCACCUACCAGACGGUGGUGAACGUCACUGGCAACCAGGACAUCUGCUACUACAACUUUCUGUGCGCCCACCCACUGGGGAACCUCAGCGCCUUCAACAACAUCCUCAGCAACCUGGGCUACAUCCUGCUGGGCUUGCUCUUCCUGCUCAUCAUCCUGCAGCGGGAGAUCAACUACAACCGGGCACUCAUGCGCAGCGACACACAUGCCCUGGAGUGUGGCAUCCCCAAGCACUUUGGGCUCUUCUAUGCCAUGGGCACUGCCCUCAUGAUGGAGGGGCUGCUCAGCGCCUGCUAUCACGUCUGCCCCAACUACACCAACUUCCAGUUUGACACCUCCUUCAUGUACAUGAUCGCCGGGCUCUGCAUGCUGAAGCUCUACCAGAAGCGCCACCCAGACAUCAACGCCAGCGCCUACAGCGCCUACGCCUGCCUGGCCAUCGUCAUCUUCUUCUCUGUCGUUGGCGUGGUCUUCGGCAAAGGCAACACGGCCUUCUGGAUCGUCUUCUCUGUCAUCCACAUCACGGCCACCCUGCUGCUGAGCACCCAGCUCUACUACAUGGGGCGCUGGAAGCUGGACUCGGGCAUCCUGCGCCGGAUCGUGCACGUGCUGUACACGGACUGCGUCCGGCAGUGCAGUGGGCCCAUGUACGUGGAUCGAAUGGUGCUCUUGGUCAUGGGAAACAUCAUCAACUGGUCGCUUGCUGCCUAUGGCCUCAUUGUGCGCCCCAAUGACUUCGCUUCCUACCUGCUGGCCAUCGGCAUCUGCAACCUCCUCCUCUACUUUGCCUUCUACAUCAUCAUGAAGGUGCGGGCGAAGCCUCCCCGGCCCCUGGGCGGGCUUGGCGGGGGGCGGGGCGGGAGGGCAGGGUGGUGA